CCUGAAGGGCGGGGUCCACGCACCCCGGCCGCCUGCGGGCCGGGGGGAUAACCCUGGGGCGGGGAGCCGGGCAGGCCUCCGAGGAGGGCGGGCCUGGGGCCGAAGUCGGCCCCGGACCCCCCCAGGAGAGGUGGUGUGGGUAGAAAGGGAGCAGCGGACGCCAGACCCGGGCCCCGUGUGGGUGCCCCGCAGGCCUCCGCGGGCUCAGAGCUGGGGAGGCGCCCCUGGGGGUGGAGGGGGGCAGGCCUGGGGGGUCACUUCCGCAGACAGGGGCUCUCCAGAGCCCUCGGGAGACGUGUGGGUCCCCAGGGGGCGCCCCCCAUCCGUUGGAGAGGUGUGGGUAUGCUGGGCUGGAGGGACUUGGGUGUGGCGGGAGUGGGGGGUGCCUGUGGGGUCUGCAGAGGGGCAGCCAGAGAGGGUCUGGACCUUGCGGAAGGGAGAGGCCACCAAGGGCACAGGAGGAGAUUGAAGGGCAGGGGAUCAGGGCAGGGAAUGAGCGGGAUUGGGGGGUGGGAUACGUGUCGACAGCUUUGGGGCAGGACCCCCGGCUGCUGUGUCUUCCCCUCGUCCCCUCCCCCCGCCGCUGCUGGGCUCAGAGGUCAAGCCCCCUUUGCCAUGGACAGGGUCAUGCAGCUGAGCUGGCUUCUGGUCUUCCUGUCCCUCUGCCUGGGUGUCCUGCCCACCAGGGCAGGGGAGGGGAAGCGAAAGCUCCAGAUCGGAGUAAAAAAGCGGGUGGACCACUGCCCCCUCAAGUCCCGCAAGGGCGAUGUGCUCCACAUCCAUUACACAGGGAGGCUGGAGGACGGCACUGAGUUUGAUAGCAGUCUGCACCGGGACCAGCCCUUUGUCUUCUCCUUGGGGACAGGCCAGGUCAUCAAGGGCUGGGACCAGGGGCUCCUUGGGAUGUGUGAGGGGGAGAAGCGGAAGCUGGUGAUCCCUUCAGAGCUGGGAUAUGGGGAUCGAGGAGCUCCCCCGAAGAUUCCAGGUAGAGCCACAUUAGUGUUUGAGGUGGAACUGCUGAAGAUUGAGCGGAGACCUGAACUCUAGCAGAGGGGUUGGGGAGGGGAAUUGGGAGGGAGGGAGGGAAGUCCU